AUGGCCAAGGAAGGCGUGGAGAAGGCGGAGGAGACGGAGCAAAUGAUCGAGAAGGAGGCAGGCAAAGAGCCUGCUGAGGGCGGCGGCGGCGGCGGCUCUCACCGCCUCGGGGACGCCCAGGAGAUGCGCGCCGUGGUGCUGGCCGGCUUCGGGGGGCUCAACAAGCUGCGGGUCACCAGGAAGGCCAUGCCUGAGCCGCAGGACGGCGAGCUCAAGAUCCGCGUCAAAGCCUGUGGUUUAAACUUCAUUGACUUGAUGGUGCGACAGGGGAACAUCGACAACCCUCCCAAGACCCCCCUGGUGCCAGGAUUCGAGUGUUCUGGGAUUGUUGAAGCUCUAGGGGACAGCGUGAAAGGAUAUGAGAUCGGAGACCGUGUCAUGGCAUUUGUCAAUUACAAUGCCUGGGCAGAGGUGGUCUGCACGCCGGUGGAAUUUGUCUACAAGAUCCCAGACGACAUGAGCUUCUCGGAGGCUGCUGCAUUCCCCAUGAACUUCGUCACAGCCUACAUGAUGCUGUUUGAAGUUGCCAACCUUCGAGAAGGAAUGUCCGUGCUUGUGCACUCGGCUGGCGGCGGCGUGGGCCAAGCUGUGGCUCAGCUGUGUUCCACUAUCCCCAAUGUGACUGUCUUUGGAACAGCUUCUACUUUCAAGCAUGAAGCAAUCAAAGACUCCAUGACCCACCUCUUCGACAGGAAUGCAGACUAUGUGCAGGAAGUGAAAAGAAUCUCUGCUGAAGGAGUGGACAUUGUUUUGGAUUGCCUCUGUGGGGAUAACACUGGAAAAGGUCUCAGCCUUCUCAAACCACUGGGAACCUAUAUUUUAUAUGGUUCAUCCAACAUGGUGACUGGAGAGACCAAGAGCUUCUUUAGCUUUGCAAAGUCAUGGUGGCAGGUCGAGAAGGUGAACCCCAUCAAGCUCUACGAAGAGAACAAAGUCAUCGCGGGGUUUUCCCUUUUGAACCUGCUCUUCAAACAGGGCCGCGCGGGCCUCAUUCGAGGAGUGGUGGACAAACUCAUUGGGCUCUACAACCAGAAGAAGAUCAAGCCCGUGGUAGACUCCCUUUGGGCCCUGGAGGAGGUGAAGGAGGCCAUGCAACGGAUCCACGACCGGGGGAACAUCGGCAAAUUAAUUCUCGAUGUAGAGAAGACCCCGACUCCACUGAUGGCCAACGACAGCACAGAGACCAGCGAGGCGGGAGAAGAGGAGGAGGACCACGAGGGGGACAGUGAGAACAAGGAGCGGAUGCCCUUUAUCCAGUAACCCAGGACCCAGGCAGGAGAAUGUGAAGGAUGGUUUGGAACAAGAGGAGCCUGUCGAGAAAGCUCUUCUGUGCCCCAGUGAACAAAUGCUGUAGUCCACUGUGUGUUGUGUUUGUCUGCAGUCAGCUGAGCUAAAAGCUGUUGAUCACUGUUGUUUCUGAAAUUAAGUGCCAAGCCCAUCCCAUGCAGUAUUAUGUCCCUCCCCCAUCUGUGUAUUACACUCCCCCCUCUCUCCUACUUCAAAACCAUCCAUCUUUGGGUCCUUCUUGACAGUUCUAGAACAGCCUUGCAAAUUAAUACGAGCCCACAGGCCCAAUGCCUACGAGACCAGACAUGGGCAAAGACAAGUUUGGAUUGAAAGGUGUUAUCAUAAAAGCACUGUCCAGAUCCUAGAAUUCUUCAGGCCAAUGACACUUUUUGCUGCCAGGCACCCAUGAUUCUGACAAGGGCACUUGCCAAUGUGGCUGGCAGAAGGAGGGUAGGCCAGGAGGUGCUUUUAUAAGCCUAUACGUUUAGGAUCUCUCUAAAUAGUACUUUCCCUCUCCCCAUUUAGGAGGCAACUUCCUUGUAUCCAUUCAGUUGUUUAUUGGUCAAAAAGGUUGAACCCUCUCCUCUCAGCCUCUGAUGCUUGAUCCAUUCAUGGGUUUUUAACCAUCAGCACAGGAAAGUAGAUGUGGAUUUUUCAGGACAGAAGAUGGGUCAACAGCAUGAGUCUGAGUAUCGGCCACAGAGACUUCUCCUCUGAAACCAGGUCUCAUGAGCAAAAUCCUCCUCCCUGCCCACCAUAUAUGUUUUCUAUUAAUUUCAAGAAAACUCACCAUAUGUGGGACUAUUUCAGAAGUCAUUACUGAGAUUUGCCUACGUUUGCACACUCCCAUGGGCAUUACCGAUUUCGCUCUUUCAAUUCCAGGUAGUUAACAGCUGCCUUGGCUGAGGAUACCCCAAGGAAGACCUCCCUUGUAGACCAUAUUAGGAAAAAUAAAUAAAUAAAUAAAUG